AUGAACCCCACACAACUAAUAUUAUUACACAGGAGGAGGCUGCUCCAACUUUCUAAAUCCGGAAACAUUACAGAAACCUCCAACUUCCUCUCCCCCACCACGGCCGCGGCCGCGGCCGCCGAUGGAGUGGACCCCACUUUCCAGCCGGUCAACAACGGAUCCCCCUCCUCUUCCUCCUCUUCCGCCGCCGCCGGGAGGAGGCCGUUCGAACCAGCCACGCACUUCGACUCCUCUAUGGCCCUCACUAUCCUCGUCCUUCUCACCGCCCUCUUCUUCAUGGGCUUCUUCUCCGUCUACAUCCGCCGCUUCGGCGGUGGCGGAGGUAGACCGCCGUCGAGCGCCGCCGCUGGUCCAAGGCAGCCGGAGAACCGGAGGGGUGGCCUGGACCCGUCAGCCGUGCGGUCGCUGCCGCUGGUGGCGUACGGAGGCGACGGGAGCUGCUCGAUCUGCCUGACCGAGUUCGAGGAGGGGGAAGCAGUGAAGGUCAUCCCCUACUGCGGUCACGUGUUCCACCACGGGUGCAUCGACACGUGGCUGGCGUCGCACGUGACCUGUCCGCUGUGUCGGUCGGCCCAGCUGUUCAAGAGGGGUGAUGAUGAGGGAGGGGGAGUGUUGGGAUGCGACGCGGCGCAGGUAUGA